CAGUGCACAGAUCCUGGUAGCACAGGCCCCCUCAAGGACAGUCCCCAUUUUCAGAGGAGGCAAGAGCGCCAGAUAGCGCCAGACUUCGAGCGGCGCCAAGAAACAAUGAAUUUCGUGAAGAAUUUUUUGAUAAGAACAUCGAGAUGUAUGGAGAAUCAGGAGACUGAGAAUGCUGACCCGACGCCUGGACCGCGCUAUGGCACCAGUACGAAUGGCAGCAGCACCAGUACCACACACACUUCAGGAAUGUUCAAGGACAUUUCUUCCAAGACUCCAGUGUUUGGAGUGGUACGAUGUGAUUCCGCGAAUUCGUCAACUGCAGAACCUGACAGUGACAGGGAAGAGAUGCUCAUAUUGCAUGGUGACAUUGGCCAUGACAUCCAGGUUUGUGUGGAGAAGGUGGGGGACACCCGUCGCUGGAGGAACGAUCGCUUCGAAAAGGUGAAGCUCCUUCAAAAUGCCGCCCGAAAUCAGGGAAGAGUAGAACUAAUGACGGACCUGUCGACCGGCAAGUUUGUCGCAGUAAAGCGCAUGCCAAUUUCAUGGACAGGUUUCAACCAGAAGGACUUCAUGAGACGACACGAGACAGAGCUUGAAAUGCCAUGGGUGGACAUCGCCUUAGCCAAAUAUCUCAGCAUGCAAGGUGUAGAUUUUGUGUGUGAUCCAGUUGGAACAUUUCAAGAUGAGAGUGAGACCUUCUUUGUGUCCCGCUUUGCGGACAAAGGCGAUUUGUUUGAAUGGUGCCAGAAUGGCCCCACUCCUGGCCUCGAGCGCGAGGCGUUGCUCAGACCGCUUGUGCAACAGCUUUGCGAUUCGAUGAAGUAUUUGCAUAGUCUAGGAAUUGCUCAUUGCGAUCUGUCCCUUGGGAACAUUUUGCUUAUGACCAGCGGCGAUGGAAAUCUGCAAAUCAAACUGAUCGACUUUGGCAUGGCUGCUAUCAAACAGCCGAGAAUUAUUGGAGCGCGCGGCAAGCCGUCAUAUCAAGCACCAGAAAUGCACAAGGCCGAUUAUGAUCCAUUGCUGUCCGAUGCCUUUGCUGUGGGGGUUGUCAUUUUCGGGAUGGUCGCGCAAGAUUAUCCUUGGCUUUCUACCAAGCCGGGCGGAUGCAAAUGCUUUGACUUUUCGAGCACCAAAGGUUUGCGCGCUUAUUUGCAAAAGCGGAAGGCCAGAAACUCCAACGGAGCACGCCUGGCUGAAGUUUUUACAGAGCCAUUGGUGCAACUGCUUGAGAUGUUGCUGCAGAACCUGCCAGAACACCGAGCAAGGCUUGAACAUAGUGAUUUUCCAUGGCUGGAUGAAUAGAUCGGCUUGGCACCCCUCGCUUUCGCCAUCCUUAAGUCCAUGCUCAGUGGCGAUGGUUUUCGAUGGCAGCUCUGGGCUGCUGGUAUUUGUGUCGCCUUUGCUGGCGGCCGUUAUCACUAAAUAGGGCUGCAGAGGUCUCCUUGACAGAAAACUACAUUUAACAUCAUGGAAUUCAGUCGCCGUGUCAACUGGCUAACAUUUGCCCGGGCUAGUGUUGGAAGGGCAGCUGAUGAAUUUCGCUGCCUCCUUUAACAUGUUGCGCCCAGUUUUCGCUCCUCUGCCAACACCAACCGUGUGGAGUGAGCACACUUGGCGUUUGACCCAAGAUAAAAUCGUGACUUGGUGCGCGGGUGGCCUAAGUUGGUUGGUGCAGGUUGCUAAUUCCUUCAGAUAUGC